AUUAAUCAUCGCUGUUGUGAUAAAUACAGUUACCUUAGGAUUUCUUAAUAGGGCUCUAAAAAUAAGCGCUGACGCUUUUUAAGUGUAGUUAAAGAUGUCCACCCCAGCUAGAAGGCGACUCAUGCGAGAUUUUAAACGGCUCCAGGAGGAUCCCCCAGCCGGCGUCAGUGGAGCUCCAUCUGAGAACAACAUCAUGGUGUGGAAUGCAGUUAUUUUCGGUCCAGAAGGAACACCUUUUGAAGAUGGUACCUUCAAACUCACAGUCGAGUUCACAGAGGAAUAUCCCAACAAGCCUCCAACAGUGAGGUUCGUCUCAAAGAUGUUUCAUCCAAAUGUGUAUGCUGAUGGCAGUAUCUGCCUAGAUAUUCUUCAGAAUCGAUGGAGUCCUACUUAUGAUGUUUCUUCUAUUCUCACAUCAAUCCAGUCCCUUCUAGAUGAGCCAAAUCCCAACAGCCCUGCUAACAGCCAGGCAGCACAACUGUAUCAGGAAAACAAACGGGAGUAUGAGAAACGGGUGUCAGCGAUUGUAGAGCAGAGCUGGAGGGACAGUUGACCACAUUCUUAAACCACGUUCUCACUCAAACAUCCUUUUCCUUUUUUGUUUGGCUCUGUUGUUGGAGGAUAGUUUUUCAAAUCUCCAUUUUUAAGUUUUUAUGCACUUUACUCAUGCAAGAUUGUGAUUUUUUUUUUUUUUUUUUUUUUUUUUUUUUUGGUUUUAUUUCUCUCCCACAUUAUUGCCUGGACUGAUUUUCAACCCUCAUUAAGAUUAUUGAGAGGGGAGUUACCCCUGGUGUACAAUGCUUGACUAAUUUUGCAUCUGGCAUGAAUAUGCAGUAAUUGUCCUCUUUUGCAAAAUGUGAAAGCAUCUCUAAAAUGAGUCGAUCUAAUCCAGAAACAUGACUCACUAAGAGACUUGAAGUCAUAGUAGUGUUGAUGAAAACGUCAUUGGUGCUUCAUUGUCAAUUUUAAUAUCAUGAUUUUGCUUAACACCGUUGAAAGUGUCCUUUUAAAUUUCUGUUUUGCUCCCAUUUUACAGGAUUAGUAUUUGUUGUGUUGGUUUAGUCAGAAGGAAGGUUAAGUGUUCUACCACAUAAGUGGUGAGCUUCUCUCGUUCGCACUGAUAACAAAGAUUGGUAGACAGAUAUGAGAGUUUAUAUUAAAUACCAAUUUAUGCUAACAGAAAAUGGCAAUAUGGUGUGGAGUAUAAAAUAUAGCUAUAUUUACUGGUAAAAAAAAAAAAAAAGAUUUGCUGGAAUUGCUCAAUUUAAAAAUAUCCUCCAAAAGCUGUGUAACCUUUCAAUGGCUUGUAUCACAAGUCCAAUCAAGUGAAAUAAUGUCUUCAGGUGUUUUUUCCCCCUCAAGCCCUUGAUCUUUGCAGAUGUUUGCCCUGUUACAUGCAUGAAUGCCUGAGUGUGUCCUUGCCUCUACUGAUCUCUUGUAUAUACAAGUCACAUCUGAAUUUUGUGUACAGAUUUUGCACUGGUUGGCAAUCUCAUUUUCCAGCACUUGUAAAUACUUAAAUAAAAGGUGAAACUAC